AUGGCUGACGACACCCCUGCCGCUCCGGCGCCUGAGGCCGCUGAGCCUUCUGUUACUCCUGCUGAGGCCAAGCCCGCUGAGAACUCCGCCCCGGAGGCCCCCAAGGAGAAGGAGGAAACCAAUGGCUCGGAGGAGAAGCCGUCAGACAACGUGACUACUUCCGAUGACAAGAAAGAAGAAGCUGGAACCGCGGCCGAGAAGGCCGACGCGCCUGCGGAGACCACCGACGCGAAGGAGCCCGCGGCUGCGACCGCCCCUGCGGACGGGGAAGCUGCGCCAGAGCCGGAGGCCAACGGAACACCCGCAUCGGCGAAGAAGUCCAGCAGCUCGAAGCGCAAGUCCACUGGCGGAUCCGGAUCUAAGCUCAGUCGCAAGAAGUCGCAGUCUCGUAUCACGCAUCUGCACGCGAAGCCCGGCGAGUAUUAUCUCGCGCGACUCCGCAGCUUCCCUGCCUGGCCGUCGAUCAUCUGCGAUGAGGAAAUCCUCCCUCAGUCCCUCUUGAGCACGCGUCCCGUGUCGGCCGCUCGUCCCGAUGGAUCCUACCGCGACGACUACGCAGACGAUGGGAAGCGCGCCCAUGAGCGCACCUUCCCGGUGAUGUUCUUCCAGACCAAUGAAUUCGCUUGGAUCCCCAACACCGACCUGACCCCUAUAGAUCCCGCUGCUUGCAAGGACGUUUCCCCGAAGAACAAGAGCAAACAGCUCUUGGCUGCUUACGCUGUUGCCGCCGAAGGCCAUGAUCUCCAGUACUUCAAAGAACUUCUCGCAGACCACCAGCGUGCGCUGGAGCAGGAGGAGGAAGAGCGAGAAGCCCAGGCCGCUGCAAAGGCUGCCGCCAAGGCCGAAAAGGACGCGAAGAAGAAUAAGAGAAAGAGUAUGGAGAUCGUGGAUGAUGAGGACGUGGACAUGGAGGAUGCCGAUACCGCCAAGAAGUCCAAGAGCUCGAAGAAACGGAAGAAGGACGCGGAAGACGACGACGAGAAGCCCGCGAAGACUCCCAAGACCGGAACUAAGCUGAAGUUGACCACCCCCAAGACUCCUGCCAGCGAGAAGAAGACCCCUGCCUCCAAGGCUAAGCAGUCGGCCUCGACCAAAAAGUCCAGCAAGGGUGCCACCAGUGAUGAGGGUGAGGAGGGUACUCCCGCGGACGUCAAGGAGACGGCCAAGCCGGUCAGCCAGGAGGAAGCCAAGGUCAAGAAGGAGAAAGAAAUUCUUUUUGUCCGUCACAAGCUCCAGAAAGGUUUCAUUUCCCGCGACCAGCCUCCGAAGGAAGAGGAAAUGACCAUGAUGGACAACUACUUCACCAAGUUGGAGAAACACAGCGAGCUCGAAGUUUCCAUCAUCCGGAGCACCAAGAUCAACAAGGUUCUGAAGAUGAUCGUCAAACUCAGCUCUAUCCCUCGCGAUGAGGAAUUCCAGUUCCGACAGCGGGCCAUCACUCUCCUUUCCAAGUGGAAGAGCGUACUCGAUGCAGAGGCUCCCGCAGAGGACAAGAGCGACAAGCCGAAAGCCAACGGCCUUCAGAAGGAAGAGAGCGUGGACACCCCCGCCCCCGCCGAACUCGAAGGUGAGAAGGAGGAGGAGUCUAAGCCGGCCGCUGCCGAACCUCAGGACGAGAAGAUGACCGAUGCUGAUGCUGCGGAGCCCGCCAAAGAGGACUCAGAGAAGACUGCGCCCAAGACGGAAGAGUCCGCAGGAGCAGAGAAACCGGCCGAGGAGAAGACCUCCGAUGAGAAGCCUGCUGAAGAGAAGCCGGCAGAGGCUACUGCUUAA